AUCAUUGAAUAACUGCAGGUCGCCGGCGAAGCACGAACUUUGUUGAUUUUACACUGCAACAGAAAUAUGUAUAUAAUGUUGAAAUGGAUGUUUAAUUUUGUCUGCAAAAACAUGUAAUGCAACCAUUUAUGAGUGCACUGAUAUCACGGAGGCGUUCGUGCAAACGGCCGAUAGCAGAAAACGACGCAAUGUUGGGUCUGACAAAUUUUCGUCUCGUUUCGUCUCCAGCGUACGUAUAGCCUGUAAUCUCGUCUACCUGUUUGGAUGCCUGAUUAGUGCUGAGCUGCAAUUGAAUGUUUAUUUCUUACCAGUACAGAUCAAAAGAAUCUUUUUCAUGCCGUGAUCAUGGCGUCCUCGGUGUUGUAAAAAAAAUGGUUGCUUCCACUGUAUGUUUGUGAGCUGAAGAGGAUUAUGUUAAGUACCAUCGGAAAACAUGCAGACGGUUCAAAUGAAGAUACUUCACGAAUAUGGAAUCUCUAAUGGUUUUAAAAAUCGCGUCAUAUGUGUCUAUACGUUCGUGGUGUCUACCAGCAAAAGGUCUUUGACAUAAUCAUUUCCUGCAGACAUUGUAGAUGAUUGAUGAGCAGCCUUCUUUUAACUUCAGUUUGUUUUAUCUGCAAAAAUCAUGAAAAUGGCAGGUUGUGACUGCCGUUUUAAUGUGCCUGCCAUCAAAACAUCUAUAGCCCUGUUCCUACAAACAUUGUAUGCAUUAGGAACACUCAAGUCCAUUGGUGUAUACGUGCCUCAAUUGAUGGUUGGUCUUGGUCUAACUCCAACCCAUAUUGGACUUAGUCUUGGAUUAUUUGGUGCCUUUGCGUUCAUCCCAGGUCCAUUUAUAACCUAUUUCUACCAGCGUCUAAGUGGUGGAUCCCGGUGGUUUCUUGUUAUGAUAGGGGCGGUUCUAUGCCCAUUGGCCCUCAUUGCAGGCGGCUUUGUGACCAACGCCUAUCAGUUAGCCUUCUGCCUCUCAGCUGCAGGGUUUGGAUCCAACAUCCUUUCCAUCGCAAUCGUCAUCACGCUCCGGAAACAAUGCAACGAAAACUUUGGGAUCUACUACGGCAUCGGCAAGGCCGGAUACGCCUUCGGUAUGGCCCUUGUGCCUCUGGUUGCGGAUUAUCUGAUGGAUCUGUACGGCUGGAGGGGUUCCAUCAUGAUGAUCGGUGCUCUCAUGGCCAACGUAAUCCCUUUUACCAUGAUGGUGGAUAUCAACGUAGAGGGCGCCGUAAACGAACCUCAGGUGGAUGCUUCUGAAGAUCAACGUGUGCAGAUGGAAAGUGAAGACACUGAAGACAUUGACAGUGGUAGUUCAGGAUUGAUGAGUGAUGCGUCGAAUCGAGGUUCUGAGGUCGGGGCGUCUGGGAGCGUCCACAGCCCUGACCAUCAUGGCAGUAAUGGAGACGGCAAUAUCAAUGAGCAUGAGAACGAACCCUAUGAUGAAGUCGACAAUGAAGAGGCAAUUAGCGACGAAACAAGAUUGCUAGGGGAGUCGCCUAUUCGGCGAAGGCAAACUCCGGUAUCAGAUAAUCUUCGGAGGACUAGUAGCGCCACAACGCGGACGAAAAGUACGGAAAUGUACGAAAACGCUUGUACGACUCUCAAGAAUUCUGUGUUCAACCGUGAUCGCUGGCUGAUCCAUUUAAUGUUCGUCACCUUCGUCUAUUCCAUGGUGAAUGGAACUUGGAACGGCUUCUUGAUUCCUCGCGCGGUCGAACGAGGCUUCCUUACAACAGUAGCCGUGUCAUUUGCCUAUUCCGCAGCGGUAGGGGCAUUCAUUGGCCGCUUCUUCGGGGGCUUCAUCUUGCGACUGAACCUCUUCUCGUCACAAGAAUGGUUCCUCUUCUUGACUCUCGUCAACAUCUCGUCGCUCGCGGCAGAUAUUAUGGUGGAUAGGUACGGUUUAAUGAUUGUGACAUCGUUUGUAAGUUGCCUGACCCUUGCCGAAAGAAGUACUCUGGUCUUGGUGAUCUGCACGGAGAGGGUGACCCAGUCGGAGUUUCCGGUGAUCCUCGCGACGUCAGAGAUUGUCUUCGGGGUCGGGACAUUCAUUGGAGCUUCUCUGGGAGGUUACUGCGCUUAUAUUUUUCAAAACUUCAACGCGUCUUAUGUUUAUGUCGCAGCUACAGAUGCCUUUGUAUUUUGCCUAAUGAUUCCACCAGUAGUUGCCGAAAGGAUAACAAAUACUAGAAGAGGAGAUCGAUGACGGCGAGGGUGACGAAGAUGGUGACGAUGUCUGUACUGGGGCGUUACUCAUUUGAAAGUCCCCCAUCAUGCCAAAUGAAAUUGAUGAAUAUAAAAAAUGGUGGAGGUAACAUUGAUAAAGAAGACACCGAUGAAGAUUAUUUUAGAUAUGAUUAUUAUAUUGAAGAUGAUUAUGAUGGU